CUAGAAUUACUGUCAGAAACCCUAGCUGCGGAGCUCACACUAGCACACACCUUCACGCCGUAGUUCAGCAAUCUCCACCGGCAACCAUGGCGGACGUCGACCCCGAGGUAGCGGCUGGGCAGCCGAAGAAGAGAACAUUCAAGAAGUUCAGCUUCCGCGGCGUUGAUCUCGAUGCUCUGCUUGAUAUGUCGACUGAUGAGCUCGUCAAGCUUUUUAAUGCCCGCGCCAGAAGACGCUUCCAGAGAGGUUUGAAGAGGAAGCCCAUGGCCUUGAUCAAGAAGUUGCGCAAGGCUAAACGUGAAGCCCCAGCAGGUGAGAAGCCCGCUCUAGUCCGAACCCACCUGAGGAACAUGAUCAUUGUUCCUGAGAUGAUAGGAAGUGUUCUCGGAGUGUACAAUGGAAAGACCUUCAACCCUGUUGAAAUUAAGCCCGAGAUGAUUGGGCAUUACCUUGCUGAGUUCUCUAUCUCAUACAAACCAGUCAAGCAUGGUAGGCCUGGUAUUGGUGCCACCCACUCCUCCCGUUUCAUUCCUCUGAAGUAAGAACUCUGCAUGGUGGACGGGCAACCAGAGACUCGAGUGCUUGUGCAUUGGCUAGGUUAGCUACUUGGGUCCCUGUUAA